AUGAAGAAAGGAACAACAAUUGAAUCUAAUAUUAAAAUUAAAGCAGAGACAGAAUUAUCAACACGACUUGAUCCAGAUGAAUUAAAAGAAGAAAAGAAAAUAGGAGAAGGAUCAUUUGGAAUUGUUUAUGUUGGAGAAUUUAGAGGAAAUAAAGUAGCAAUUAAGAAAAUGAAAGAAAGUGAUAAACAACAAUCAUCUCUUGAUGAAUUUGAGAAAGAAGUAGUGAUGUUAGAUAAAUUCAGAAGUGAAUAUAUCAUUCAUUUUUAUGGAGCAGUAUUUAUUCAUAAUAAAAUAUGUAUGGUAACAGAAUAUGCAGAAUAUGGUUCAUUAAGUGUUUUAAUUAAGAAGAGAGAUAUAAGUCAAGUGUCUAUGAAAUUAAGAAUUAAAUUCAUGUUAAAUGCAGCUAAAGGAAUUUCAUAUCUUCAUUCAAAUGGAAUAUUACAUAGAGAUAUUAAACCAGACAAUUUCCUUGUUGUAUCACUUGAUGAAAAUGAACAAGUUAAUUGUAAACUAACAGAUUUUGGAGCAUCAAGAAACAUUAAUAUGAUGAUGACAAAUAUGACAUUUACAAAAGGAAUAGGAACUCCUGUUUAUAUGGCACCAGAAAUAUUAAAUAAGAUUAGGUAUAAACAAUCAGCAGAUAUAUAUUCAUUUGCAAUUACAAUGUACGAAUGUUUUGGGUGGUGUGCAGCAUAUCCAAAAUCACAAUUUCAGUUCCCAUGGUCUAUUGCUGAUUUUGUAACUCAAGGAAACAGAAGGACAAAAGCUGAGGCAAUGACAAGUGAACAAUAUGACUUAAUUGAUCAAUGUUGGAAACAAAACCCAGAUGAAAGAAUACCAAUUGAUGUGGUAGUAUCCAAACUAGAAGAGUUAUAA